UCCACUCCGCACCAUCAUUAUCACUGAUCGCCAUGCCCAAAGAUCCUCCAAAACGACGAGGAAGGCCACCUCAUGUGUACAAGUCAGCACACACUGCUCCUCCAGUGACAAUAGGACAUAUGGGCUCUACUCUCACUAGCAUGACUACGACUACCACCUCUCCUCCGGAAAUUCAUACAGCUCAAACAACGCAGAUUGACGCUAUAUCUCAUGCUCUGACACUUCAUGAAGCUCAAAUUCAUAAUCAAUCCUUACCCUCUGAUGGUAUCGAUGAGCAAGGGGGCGAACCGACAGCAGGAACAGCAGCAGCAGCAGCAGCAGCAGAAACAACAACAACAGAAUCACUUGAACCACAAAUUCACAUAACACCGACUGGUACUUGGGUGGGACUCCCCUUGAAUCCACAUCGAGCUGCCGAAAGACAGGCGCUAUGGGAUCUUAUCGCCUCUUGUGAUUACAUUGUCGGUACUCCGGCUGAUGCAAAGGCAGAUCUGAAUUUGGAGGCCCUCAAUGGGCUCCAAAGUGCAAAACUCGACGCGACGAUGAACAAUGGGUUCGUAAAACCCACAAGGCAGAAGAAGAUUGAAGGGCCAGAUUAUUUUUCGCAGGUGAUCAAUGUAGAAGAUAUACCCAGAUUCUUUGAUGGUUUGCCGCACGAUUAUAAUGUUCUCUCCCGUGCUCGCAUGUCGUGUUACUUUCGGAUCAUCUGGCUCGAUCCGCCAGGGCUCAUUCCCACCGAUAUUCGGUGCCGCCACAUACUUGUCUCUGUCGAUGCCAUGGCACUUCGAAAUAACCCAGCAGGGUACGUCUACAGGAUCAUGUUCAAAUGUUCAGGCUCUUGUAUGAGGAUGGAUGAAGGAUCGUGUCAUCUCCAAGAAGGAAAUACAGCCAACGAGUCGAACGAGUCCGCAGUUGUCGAAGCUAGUGACACUCUUCCGAAUGAUCAACCUGAUCAAUCGGGAGAAACUCGAGGUCCCAAAAGCCGCAAGAAGCGUCCAGCUGCUUGCGACUCCAUGCUCAUGCUGGAAAUGACAGCCCGCCAAGCUGCAAACGGCCAAUGCACAAUCGUGCGUCGUCGUCCCGAAUUCCACCCCGCCGGACCCGCCAAUGCUCUCAGGAUGUCAGCGUAUGUCCGUAGUGUUCUCCAUGAGCUCGCGGCUCAGACUGGGAUGCCACAUCAUCGGCUUCGAAAUGAAUAUGAAGAGAGGUUGAGAUAUGCGCCCUAUCCAGCCAUGUUGGAGAUGCAUUUACCCCAUCGUGCCCCGAAACCCCGGCAUUACCCGAGUGUGGUAACGACUAUCACCAGAAAUCAAAAGCCAAAUACCGAAGGAUCAGGCGACCAAGAAAGCUUAGAUCGUGUGCGAGAGUAGCAUAAAGUUUAGCGUGUAUGACUGACUGGUAGGAGAGCGGCAUGCGGCUGGUCCAUCCUCUUUUCCGAUGCUGCAAUCGGGCAUUUAUGAUCUACUGUUGUAUUAUAUUGCAUUUACUCUAU